AGCACUUAGGCAAAAUAAACUGCAGAGUAGUAUUCUACAACUGUUCCACCUGUCCUUCUGAAGUUCUUUUGUGAUACUCCAGACUCCAGAGCAUUAUUGCUCUUUUAAUCCGACCCUCAUCCUAAAGAGACUUACAUAAUUCCUCCAUCACAAUGUAUAAACUAUUCGAAUGGUUUAAAAGUGCUCUCAGCUACCUUGGGCUGUACAACAAAAGUGGAAAGCUUAUGUUCUUAGGCCUUGACAAUGCAGGAAAAACUACGUUGCUUCAUAUGCUUAAGGACAACAAAAUGAGUGUACAUGAGCCCACCAUGCACCCCACAUCAGAAAACCUUCAAAUGGGAAAUAUAUCUUUCACAACAUACGAUCUUGGAGGCCACGAGCAAGCAAGAAGAGUAUGGAAAGAUUACUUCCCUGCAGUCAAUGGAAUCGUUUUCCUCGUCGAUUCAGCGGAUAGAUCUCGAUUUAUGGAAGCCAAGGAAGAAUUGGAUAGCUUACUUUGUGAUGAACAAGUAGCAAACGCACCCGUUCUUAUCCUGGGCAACAAGAUUGACAUGCAAGGAGCUGUAAGUGAGGAUGAAUUGAGAUCAAUAUUCAAACUUCGCUCAACUGGAAAGGGUCAAGUGUCUCUUGAUAGUUUGGGAGGAGCUCGACCUACUGAGCUGUUUAUGUGCUCUGUUCUUCGGAAGCAGGGUUAUGGGGAGGGCUUUAAUUGGCUCGCACAGUACAUAUAAUCUCACGCAGCAUUGGACAUGAAAAUAAUGUGCAUUAUACGGAAUGGAUAUGGCCAGGGUAGCCUUACUCACCCUGGGCAUAUUUGCCCGGUCUGGAGUUUUUGUAAUAUAGCAGAAAAAUAUAUCUUUAGCGGCUGCAUGAUGCCACAUUUAACCAUUUAGUACAAAAUAACUUGCAGAGCCCUUUUCUCUGCGUUGUUGAACUUGCAAAAAUUUUUUUUUUCUUUCUCUCUUAAUAAAACUUGUGUGUGACAUUUUACAUAAUAACAAAGUUUUACGAAUCGUUUAGGCAAAUCAAGUGGCGGUUUUGUGAGAAAAUAAAACAAGAAAACAAAACAGAUUAAAUGUGGCCGUUUCUGUAUUGUGUGUCAUAAAACGUGUUUAUUUAAGUACAGCUGACGUAUUGUCCUCUUAUUUUGCCCAAGUUUACUAACUCAAAAAAUGCAACGUUUUUUCUGCUCUCUUAUUAAAUCAACUGUAAAUGGUAAUUCUCGUUAAUUUAUUCUCCAAAAGUGGUGAUCGUGCCCAAAAGCGACAAUCGCAUUAAAAGUCCAUCAAAAUAUACAGCAGCAGGAAACACCUGCUGUCCAAUAAUUUUUAUGUUGUUUCAGUUCGUCAUUUAGACGUUUUAUUUAAUAGUGGUGGGUGAGUCGUGGGUCUUGUCAUCCUAAUCGGCCGAACUAAAUUUAUUUUCCUGUGCCUUCGGUUACUUUCAAAUAUCAAUGCUUGUGAAAUAAAGAAGUGUUUCAAAACAGA